AUGGAGCAGCCGAGCGAAGAAGGUGUUGACCAGCCUGUGCCUGGUCAGACCUCUUUUUGGUCUGUGCAUGACACUUUUCGGUCAGGCUUGCGGGAUGAAGAGAGCACGUCCCGGAUGUCUGACAGGAGCAGUUCAUUGCCAGCUCCAACUUCGAGCGGGACGGGGCCGUCGGCCAAAGCAGCUCCAAAACAGAAAGCGCAGCAGGCAAUGCAGCUUCAGAUGCGACAACUUGAGCUGAAGCAGCUGGAGCUACAGGUCAAAUUGAAGCGACGCUUGGAACAGCAGGCCAAAGAUGCCAAACAAGCCCUGUCAGCAAAGCAACAGCAGCUUGAGCGCCAAAGGCAACAUGCGUUCCUGGAGGCUCGGGAGAGGAAGCGUGGCCUGCCGCAAAAAACGCAGAAAGAACAGGCCACAGGCCAUGACUUCCCACCGCCGGGCGGACGAAUGCGCGCGGGGCGCUCCCGCAGCGCCUCGUCGCGGAGUCGUGCUUCAGAGCCAGCCGAGGAGCUUGUGCAAGACAGUGAUCCCGAAGAGUCGGAGCGCGAGGACCGAGCAAGAAGGAUUGAGAAGGAGCGUGAAAGAAAAGCCUGGAAAGCACUACAAGAGGAACAUGCUGAACAGCGUGAAGCCGCCGCCAGAGAAGAGGCAGCAAGGAAAGAACAAGCUGCGAGGAAGAUUCAAGCCUUCCGAAGGGCCAGUGCGCAUCAGCGGAGCCAAGCAAGAGCCUAUGGGGAAGCACAGAAGAUCAAUCGUGGAAAAUGGAAAGCUGAUCAACCUGCACACGCUUCUCAAAAAGGGCAGCGAGUUGGGCCGGCGAGGGUGGUGCCACAGAGGCCCACACAGAGCACUGGUAGCCGGUCAGGUGGAACGUCGCCGGAGAGAACGAGCCGGAGAGCACGGAGAGCAGCCCGCCCAACCUCAGAAGGAAGUUCCAGAUCCGGAGGACUUCGAAGUUUGAAGUCAGGUACCAAUUCCAGAAGCUGCAGCCCACGCAGCCCACGCAGCCUAGCCAGCUCUCGAGCAGCUUCGCCGCCGAAAUCGCCGUCCAGGAGUCCGGAGGGUCGAGCCCCGUGGAGGCCGUCUGGAAGACCCCAAAGUCCAAGGGGCGAUUUGUCAGGCCAGUGGUGGUCUUCACCAAGCAUUGGGAGGGAGCUUCCAGAAGAGCGGCAGCCACUUGGAAGCCCGCCUUCUCCAACCAGCAAGUUGGGGGUGCAGAAGCCGCGACAGCCAUGGUAUUCCAAGCGGAAGGCAGAGGACAAGCCGGAGCACCUGGAGGUGACCUUUGGAAUCCCAGCCGCACCCACGCUUGGCGCUUGGGGUGUGGACGGAGGGGCUCUACCUGCACCGCAGGAUCCACCCACACGGUGGGCUCCGAGACGAGAUCUUGCUGGGCAAAUGCCUUCCUCUCCGAAGCUGGGCGAGGAUCAUGUUUUUGCGCCGCCUGCUCGAACUCCAACGUUGCCUUCCCGGCAGAGGUCUGAGAAUGCCUGGUGGGUGGACUUGGAGGGUUCUUCAGCUCCCCUGACAGCUCCCGAUCCACCACACUUCCGAGGAGCUUCUCCUCCGAGGGCCGUUGCUGAACCGAUUGAGAGGAGCUUGGUCCAUGGGCAGCCCCAGCUACCAAGACUGCCGGAUGCUAUUCGGCAGGGGAUACCAGUGAUUCCAGAGGCACCACCAGGCGCAUUAUCCUCCUCAGUCAGCAUCCCAGCAGAUUUGUGGCAGCUGCGCGUGCGCCGCGCAGAUGAUAAACUGCUUGCCCUUCGGCACUCCCGGUCUCCGUCACCCUCCCCCCGCGCAAGCCCGAAGUGGUCCAGCCGCCCCAGCCCGGCAUUUGGCACCAGCGAUCCGGUGAUCCCAUCGCUCAAGAUCAUUCAGAAGUACUCCGACUACUUCGUCUCCUCUCCACAUGCGCACAGCCCACGCAGCAGCCCUCGCAGCACUCAGAGCGCUGGUGUUCGUGAAGGUUGGGGAAUGCUCAAUCAGAAAGAUGGCACCACCUAUGCAGGUCAGUGGGUCUCAGGCAAGCGGCAUGGCAUUGGCACGCUGAUGUUUGAUGGGGGCAUUUUUGAGGGCCAGUGGUCAAGAGGAGAAGCCACUGGUGGUGGUAUUGUCCGCUUCGACAACGGGGACAAGUUUGAAGGCCAGUACGUGAGCAACCGGAAGCACGGCUUUGGUACUUACUCUUGGGCUGAUGGGGCUGUCGAGGAAGGCCAGUAUGUCAAUGGCCAGAAAAAUGACUGGCAUGUGUGGUCUCGGAGGGGUGCAGAGUGGCGAUUGCGCUAUGAGGAUGGUUGCGUAGUUGAAGCGAUCCAGGUGGGGAAGACCAAGAAGGAGAAGCCCCAGUGUUAUCCCAGAGCCAGGGAGCCGUACCCACUUUACCCCACAGCUAAAGCGACCAAGUUGCCAAGACCUGUGCCACAAAAGAGCUUACCCAAGGCUUCAAGGCCCCCUCGGGAGGGCGUAGCCCAAAAGCCGAGAGAGGCUGAGGCUGCGGCAGAGCCAUUGGAGCCAUUGGGGCAGGACGCGUCCUCUGCAGUGGCUCCGGAUGACCUCAUGCAGGACUUGCAACCUCAAGACCUACAGCCGCCCACUGGGACCACGAUGCAUUUCUCGGUCACCGAGGAGAUGCCGGCCCAGUUUGCAACUGCGGAUGCCGAAGAUAUUGAAAAUCGCUUGCCGCGGAUGCUGGUUGACCGGCUAUAUCAACAAGCAGCUCUUCCACAAGAGGCCCACCAAUCCUUUUGA